AUGCGUGCAUACCACAAGCCGUACACGCGGCGGGUGGACGUGUACAGCUUUGGCAUCGUGUUGUGGGAGCUGGUUACCAGCGACCUGCCGUUCAAGGGACUCACCUUCAUCCAACUCGCCUUCAACGUCGUCAACAAGAACAUGCGGCCGGAGGUGCCAGCGGGGUGCGAGCCAGAGCUAGCAGCUCUGAUGGUGGAGUGUUGGGAUGCAGACGCGGACAAGCGCCCUGAGUUCGUGCAGGUGGUGGCUCGCCUGGAGGCGCUGCAGCAGGGCAUGGGAGGCACCAUGGACGUGCAGGGUGGGUGCUGCACACUGCUCUGA